GUAGGCUGGAUGGGGAGAGGGUGGGGGGAGGAGGAGGAGGAAAAGGAAGAAGAAAGCUGUCUCCAUGGGCAUGUUUUGCUUUGUGUUUGCAGCCAUCAUUUAAAAGAUGAGGCUGAUUCAUGCAAUAAGUAGACCCCCAGUGAACAAAAAAAUGAAACACCAGAAAUGGUUUUCAGAAUUUUAAGUACCUUUUCUCAAGUUGGAAAUGGUCUUCUUAAGGGUGCUGGAUACCCUUGUCUUGCUUGGUGAAUUAAUUGAUGGAGAUGGAGAUAAAACAGAUUUAGCACCAGUCCAGACCACUCUGUGGCUAAUGACUUCACUGUGUACUGAAGCCAAGGACCAUCAAGGAAAAGAUCCACGGACAUAUGGAGAUUUCCUUCCUUAGACUACGGUGAGCAUUAGCUCCAGUGUUAGUAUUCACCACAUGGAAAGAAUGUCUUUACAGAAGAAAACUGAGAUCAAGGAGAGCUCUACCUCUAUGAUUCCCUUUGGGAAGGCAUCCCCUCUUGGAUUCUCUGAGGAUGGCACUGAUACUAGAGUUAGUGUCGAUGCCAGUUCAUCUACACCACAGACAGCCAUGCCUUUGGAAUAUUUACCAUACUUUAGAACAUAUGAAGGGACCGAUGUUCAACCACCAACCUUGAAUUUAGGUGUUUGCCUACAGGAGGAAGAAAUCACUAAGGAAAAAGAAUACAGGAGUAUAGUCAAUGUUAGACAUAAGGAGGACCAGAAAGACUUUGUUCCCUCCAGUGGAUAUUUUUCAUAUUAUAGAUCUCAGGAGGAAUACUUUGUCAACCCACUUCUCCAGAGCAAAACCCACAGUGGAAAAUCCAAAACUGAAGAAAGAAGAGGAAAUACCAAUAAAACAUUUGAAUCCACUAAUAACCAUAGAGACUCCUUGCUAAGUCUUCAAUCAAAUUUUGAUCUUCACUCCUCCAAGAACUCUCCUUCUGGUAGUUCCCUCCCAGGUGAAACCUCUGAAGAAAGCCAACUGCCUGACCCCUUGUACAGUGAUGAUUGCUCGACAGAGUUCACUCCUUAUUAUAGAACCGAAGAGGUACUGCGGGCCAGCUCCUCCUCAGUUCCUAGAGGCCAUGAGUGAGAUGGCACUGAAAUAAGAAGGAACUGGAUCAUGCGGAAUUACUAUGGGAUGUAUCAGAAACUUAGCGCCUCUUAAAGAAUCCAAAUUUGCAUCUGAUAAGAUCAGGAAGGAUUCCAGCAAUGUGGCAAUUCCUCCAACAACAGCUUGUAGCAAGAAGGAAAAAAAAAAAGCAGAGUAGAAGCUGUGAAACAUCUGGAGAGGAAGCACAGAGAGGGAAUUUUGUCCAUCUGUGUUUCAGUAUGGAGAAAAGAGAAGGAACUUGAUCUGAGGCUUAUGAACAUGAAAGAAAAGGGGGAAGAAAUCCCUGCAUUAAAUCUCCUUCUGCUAAAGUGCACAAUUGUUCAUCUGCAGAGAGGAAUUGAGAGCUGGCUCCAAGAGGCUAGCCAUGCAUUCAAGCUAAAAGCAAGUUAAAAACAGAAGUUACCAUUUAGCCUUAUCUUAACUGUCUCUCUAUCCUCCUCCCUGCUUCCUCUUGUCCCCCCCCCCCCAUAUUGCAGUAAUGAGUGAAUACCCACUGUUUGGGUAGCAGGUUCUCAAAGCACCAAACCACUUGGUAGAGAAUUGAGCUUAGAUUUUCCAUCUCUGAAAGAAUGUGCAUUGGGAUUACAGUGCCUUUCAUUUUCUCCGGAUUUGAUAGUCACAUCCUAUUUCUGGGAACCUAGUCUAGGACACCAUUGCAUUCAGUUGUGACUAAUUGCAGCUUCUUCUUUACAUGGUAACAGUGAGAGUCUACAUGGGAGAGCCCUUUGAGUCUAUUUGGUGUGUUACUCGAACUACCUGUGCCUUUCGAAUAUGCUGAUCACAGUUUAUAUCCAAAAAGAUGAAAGUAAUUGAAGCAUAAACAAAAUGAUCAAUACCAUGAAGUUAAUUUCUCUGAUUUGCUAUGAUUAGGAUAAGGGUCAAGUAGAGUCAUUUGGAUCCGUAAGGAUUACUAGUUCUCACCCAGACUGGGGAUUUGGAUAAAUCUGAAUCUGAAAUCUGAAUGCUUUAAUUUUUUUUAACUAGGAAAAAAAAGCAUUUGGAGCCACAUUAUUUUUGCAAAUAAAUAAUCAUGUUAACAUGAGUGUCAGAUUGAGUCUAUUUCUUUCAUUGUAUGCCCUGAAAUUCAUAUUGGGAAUUUCAGUUGCCCCAUAGCUGCACAUGUGGUCAGACUUCUCCAUCUGGUCCCUCUUUCCCCAAAGACUCUACUCUGCAUUUUUAUUCAUCUCACCACUUUUCCUUCUGGAGGAAUAUAUGGGAGACUGUAACUAUGAACAUAUCUGUCAAAAAGCAUCAAUAAAUGUUUUAUUAAUGCCCUCCUUAA